ACCAGGGUGUAUUAUACGGUGUUCACAGACAUACAUUCAUUUAAAGGAGAAUGUUGCCUUCAUGGAUGGAUGAGUGGUGAUGUAGGACUACGCACUGACUAUUACCUUAUUUAAAUGUUAUCUUAAAAAUGCAAAACAUUCGCUUUGAGGGACAGACUGAAACUGGUUUUUGUUUAGUUCAGCUGCAGGCAUCUUGAGAGACUCCUGUCGCCUGUAAGUCAAUGUUCAGGGAUUAAAUUGUAGACUACUCUAGUUCCUGUUUGAGCUGUCGUGGUGUAAUUAGUAGAUACGUGUGAUUCUCUGUGUAUGUGUAACACCAGCCUUACUACGCCCAAGUGUCUCUGGACUAUUUUCCAUGCGCUCUGUCUGAUUUUCAACAACACUGUGUCAAAGUAUUGGCUUCCACGAUGGACAAAGAUAAAGUGUUGACCCAUAUCCUGAGGGCAAAGGGUGUGCCAACUCUUCUUGGUGGAGAUCUGCCCGUUAAUGUAAUUAGUAACAAUUACAUUUCACCUUUGACCUCCACUGAGCAACAAGUGUCAGGCAGAAAUGUGCAAAGCAGCCCAUCUCCUUCUGACCAAGCCAUCCACACCCUUCUUCCGGGUGGAGGUGAAACUGUCAUACUGGUAGGCUCAGAAGGAUCAGGAAAAACAACUGCGUUACAGAAGCUUCUUGUGGAUUGGUCAAAAGGCGAACACCUUCAACACUUCUCUUAUGUUUUUUAUUUAAAGUUGAGUGAAAUAAAUUUACUCGAUGGCAUGCUGACACUGGAGGCAUUAUUGCAUCUCCAACACGGUUACCUCCCUCCACUGUCUGUGUCACUCUGCCAACAGAAGCCUGAAGAUGUGUUGUUUAUUUUUGAUGAGUUGGAUCAGUAUAAGCACAGCGUGGACCCCUCUGACCACAGCCUCUGCUCUGACCCCAGCCAGGCCACCUCUGUGUCCUGUUUAGUGGCCAGUCUUCUUCACGGAUCUCUGCUCAAAGGAGCCUCAUGUCUAGUGGCAAGCCGGCCGACGGCAUGUCUGAAGUUUCUGAGUGGCAGCCAGGUGAAAGUGUUGGGGUUUCUGAAGCCUGAGAGAGAGGCUUUCUUUAAGGGGUUCUUCACAGACCCAGCUGUCGCCAACAAUGCACUCAUGCACAUGGAGAAGACUCUGGGCUUUUAUGAUUUCUGUACAUCCCCUAGAUUUUGCUGGACAGUUUGUUCUGUUUACAAGCUCCUGACUGAUUCUGGAGAAAAGCUUCCUGAUACACUAUCUCAGCUGUUUGUACAAAUCCUGGCCUGCCUGAUUCAGAAGCUCACACUUAAAAAGGAGCUCAUCAGAGAUAUAGUUUUGGCCCUCAGUAGGAUGGCUUCUCAUUGUGCUGUUGGUCAGCAUUCAAGCUGUACCAAAGAGGAAAUGAAUUCCUUUGGUUUUGAACCGGCGCUUGCCUCUCAGGCCCAAGUGAAUGCUUUUUUGCAAGUACAUGGUGAUCCAGAGUCAGACAGAUGUGGCUUCUCUUUCCACUCUCAGCUGAUCCAAGACUUUAUCUUGGCGGUUUCCUUCUUUUUGGAUAAGUCAACAUCUGAAGGUGCAGAUAACAUGUUGAAGAAGCACAAACACCAUGCAAAGUUUUUGGACAUUUUCAUGUCAGCUCUCUCAGAACCAAUUCAACGCAGACCCCUGGAGACCCUCCUGGGGGAGUUUAACUCUGAUCUGGUCCUGGAUUUCAGAUGUUGGCUCAAUCACAUGUGUGAGACAACACUACAGGACUUCAACGAACAGAAGCACUGUCACUGCUUCCAUCUCCUCUAUCAAAUGCAAAAUGAGCAUUUGGUUAAAGAGAUCAUCAAUCCUUCUACAAGAUUUGGAAUUAGCUAUGCCAACUUGAACCUUCAGGAUUAUGUUGCCCUGAACUAUGUUGUAACACAACUCGGUGAGACGGAGCAGUUAAAUCUGUAUGGCGCACAGAAUUUGACAGAAGAGAUUGCAGAGAUCCUGGCUCCAGCUAUGACAUUAUCACAUAAGAUACAAUUGUCUCAAUGUUCCCUGAGUGAUGGAGCUGUCUCUCAUCUGGCCUCAGCUCUAGCCAAAGGAAUCACCAGGAAGCUUAAUCUGAAUAACACACGCCUUGGGGAUGCACAAUUCAGAAGUCUGUGCACUGGACUCAGAGACUGCAAGCUGCACAAGUUAAAUCUUAGAGCAUGCAAACUCACAGAAGCAUCGUGUGGAUAUCUGGCAUCUGUCCUGAUGUCAGGCACAUCCCAGCUGUGUGUGUUAGAUCUGUCAUGCAAUGACAUUGGUGACCAGGGCAUGAGAAAACUGUGCCAAGGACUGCGAAGUCCACACUGCAAACUACAGGAUAUAGAGUUGCAAUGGUGCUUAUUUACUGCAGCAUCAAUGGAGGAUCUGUCAACGGCUUUGUGCUCCGGCCAAUCACAGCUGAGAAAACUGAACCUGUCAAGAAACCCAACUGGUGACAGUGGAAUGAAGGCUUUAUGCAAGUGCCUACAACACCCACACUGUAAACUGCAGAGCCUCACGCUCUUUGAUAAUGAGUUGACCGGGGCCUGCUGUGCUCACAUAAUGGAGGCCUUGAUGUCAGAGCACUGUCCUCUGUUGGAUCUGUCAGUAAAUGAGAUUGACCACGAGGGGGCGCUGUUGCUCUGUAAAGCCCUCAAGAGACCCGGAUGUCCAGUGGAAAAACUUUGCAUGGUAGGAUGUGGAUUAACUGAGGAGGUCUUCAUAGAACUGGCUUCACUGCUGAGACAUGGGAGUCCUCCACUUAAGUCCCUGUCUGUUCCAGUAAAUAAGGUUGGAGAUAAGGGACUUAAACACCUGUGGGAGGCUAUCGCAUAUCCAUCAUGUCUAUUAGAGGAACUGGAUGUUGAUCUGACUGGUUUGACAGAUGCAUGUGUUGAGGACAUGUGUGCUGCUAUAAGAGCCAGUAAGACUAUGAGGAGCGUGGUACUGAGUAACAACUUGCUGACUGAUGCAUCAGUCCCAGUCCUUGUCCAACUUAUGCAGGACAGCCCCAACAUGCAGGAAAUGAACCUCAAGUACAAUGACUUCAGUGAAGACGUUUUUGAAAUGAUGGACGAGUGUGAGAAAAUACGAUACUGAAGAAGUGGAUUAUUCCAUUGAUGCUUCCCUGUUAUUCCAAUUUCAUCCAUACAAUGAAAAUAAUAAAGAAG